AUGGCCAGCAUCACUCCCCUCCAAGCAUUCUCUUUGGGUGCGGACGAACGUUAUCUCUCUUCUCGUCCUCUUCCAAUCUCCCCAGAUGGCCACUAUGACUGGCAAGUCGGCGUAGAUGCCAACAUGCGUCCUGAAGGACACUCUGGCGUUUCAAACAUCAUAAAACGGGUCAAGAGUCAGGUGGACAAGGGAUUCAUUCGUCCAAACCCUGCGCAUGUCCAAGGCUUCCUUGAAUUGGCAGUCAACCCCGAAGAAGAAGAUGACCGUAAAGGCGCUUUCGCUGCUGGACUUACCGUACUGUCUCGUCUACCACCAGGCGACCUAAUCGCAAACAAACUGACCGAUACUAGCGUCGGCAUGCUUUACAACACGAUUCCUCAUCCCAUCGCCAGCAAACUCAGCCCGGUCCACUCGUGGCGCCAGGCCGACGGCGGAGGUAACAACAUCCAAGACCCCUCUGUUGGCCAAGCAGGCCGUCCUUAUGCGCGAAGCGUUCAGGGCAAGUGGUGUCUUACACCGGCCGCCUUGCCAGACGCAAGUCUUGUAUACGAUACCCUUUUCAAACGCAGUGCUAAGCACCCUGAACAUCCCGGAGGGAACUCGUCCCUGGUAUUCCAUUUUGCUACUAUCGUCACCCACAGUUUGUUCCGCUCCGACCCUCGCAACUGGGAAGUCAACAACACGAGCUCCUACCUCGACCUCAGCCCUGUAUAUGGAAUCAACCAAGAUGCCCAGGACAAGGUUCGCAACAAGUCUCUUGGGCGAGGGCUUCUUUACCCGGAUACGUUCUCCGAAGAGCGUUUACUCCUUCUUCCACCCGCGUCCAGUGCACUUUUGGUCAUCCUAUCGCGGAACCACAACUUCAUCGCGGAGAAGCUCCUCAAAAUCAACGAGAGAGGCAAUUGGAGCGACCCACCCCCGGAGGACGAAAAGAAACGCGCUGAACAAGACGAGGAGAUCUUCCAGAUCGCUCGUCUAGUCAACGGCGGUCAUUUCAUGAGUCUCAUCAUGGGUGAUUAUGUUGCUGGUUUCUUGGGUCUUGGAGAAGGCAACGCUUGGAACAUGGAUGCCUUCAAGGAAAUCAAGAACAAGGAGGGCAUCCUCGUCGGGCGAGGACAAGGUAACCAUGUUAGCGUCGAGUUCAAUGUGCUUUACAGGUGGCACCCGACGAUGUCCAAAGAAGACGAAAGGUGGACAGAAGAAUCCUUCAACAAGGUCUUCCAUAACAAGCCGUUCGGCGAGCUCACCACAGGGGAUUUCCUUACUGCCUUUAAGGAGAUCGUUCACGGCCUUGAACCCGAUCCGAGCAAACGCACAUUCGAUGGGUUGAAACGUGGUGAUGACGGAAAGUUCUCGGAUGAUGAUAUCGCGAAUAUCCUCCAAACGGCGACGGCGACUCCAGCAUGCUCGUACGGUGCUCAGGGAACACCAGAAUGCAUGAAGGUCAUCGAGGUCAUGGGUUUGGAACAGGCAAGAAAGUGGGGUGUGUGCACCAUGAACGAGUUCCGCAGGUACUUGGGUUUGAAGGCAUUUGCAUCGUUCGAGGAAUGGAAUCCCGAUCCCGUCAUUGCCUCAGGUGCAAGGCGCCUCUAUGGCCAUAUCGACAACUUAGAGCUCUACACGGGUAUCCAAUGCGAGGCGCUGAUGCCUCUGACGCCAGGGCUGCGUUUCGCUGCUGGCUACACGCUGACCAGAGCUGUUCUGGGCGACGCCAUCGCGUUGAUUCGUGGCGACCGAUUCUAUACCACCGACUUCACUCCGGCCAACUUGACCGCCUGGGGCUUCACAGACACUCUUCGUGACCCCAACAACGGCGGCUUUGGUGGAAAACUUCCUCAAUUGCUCACUCGCCACCUCCCGAGGCAUUAUCCAUUCAAUUCCGUCUAUUCGUGCUUCCCCUUCUUCACUCCGCAGAAGAUGAAGCAGACCCUGACAAGGAUGGAGAUCGCGCAGAACUAUACCUUUGAUCGUCCUCAGCCGGCUCCGGUCACGAAAGUCUUGAACACGUUUGCGGCCAUCAAGAAGGUCUUCGGCGACCCCAAGAGCUUCCCGAACAUGUACGACAUGAAAGGACUUGGACCCGGGUAUGGGUUCAUGCUCGCGUUUGAUGAUAACCCGAAGCACGAUAGCGACAGAACAAUGGCGUUGCACGCUCUGUUCCCUUCCAAAGACUCGCUCGAUCAGUACCGCGCGUUCUAUCGUGACGGCGUGACGAAGAGGAUCAAGGAGCGCUCAUGGAAAUAUCCCAACGUGGAGGGCACUUACAUUGACAUCGUCACUCAAGUCAUCAACUCGGUUUCCGUGGAAUGGGCAGCGGAUCAUUUGUGCGGCAUCCCUCUCAAAACCAAAGAGAACGUUAGCGGGUUGUACACAGAAGCCGAAAUCUAUGAAAUGUUUGCGGAUUUGUUCCAGCUUGCGUUCUUGGCCUUCGGCGACAAUGAGAACGGCGCUUCCCUUCGUUGGCGUUCAACGCAAUGCGGAGGUGUCAUCUCAGCCAUGAUCGCCAAAGCCCUCCUCGGUGUCGCUCCCGGUACUGCCUCCAACACGCUCGUCAGCGUCGUCGCUACCGUGGCCAGCUACUUCAACGCCCCACCCGACAAGCCGUAUGUUGCGUUUUUGAGGAAGUUAGCGGAGUCUGGUAAGGGGAUCAAUGCUGUUAUCGCCAACGUUAUCGGUCUCGCCAUCGGCUCCUCGGUGAACUACGCUCAGGCUGCCGUUCACGUCGUUGACUUCUACCUCGACGACGCUCAUGCUAAGGAGCGUGAAGUCAUCAUCAAGCUGGCUCAGAAGGGUGACUCGGAUGUUGGGAGUUUGCAGUUGCUGCGUGGAUAUGUUAGGGAGGCAAUGCGCCUGCACCCGCAGUUCGUUGGUCUCUGGCGUAAAUCGGCGGUUUCGACACGCAUCCAGCAAGGCAGUGGUUACCCGGACAUAGAAGUGAAGCCCGACGACAUCAUCUUUGCGAGCUUCAAGAAUGCUCAUCGCAACCCCGACGAUUUCCCCAAUCCCAUGAAUAUUGAUCCCUCUCGCAACAAGACCUCCUACAACCUCAACGGAUGCGGCUUCCACGGUUGCCCUGGAGUCACAUACGCCGAACAGACCAUUGCGGAGAUCGUCAAGGUCGUCUUCAAGUUGAAGAACGUUCGCCGUGCUGCGGGAAAUGCAGGAAAGCUCCAGUCCUUUGUAGACAUUGUCAACGAAACCGAGACGAGCGUGUACAUGUCGCCCAAUGGGACACUUUCGCCGUGGCCUGGUGCGAUGCAUUUGGUGUAUGACGCGUAG